GGGAUCGUGGAGCCCGCGCCCUGUGGCCGGCGGCGAUGAAGAUCUGGAGCUCGGAGCACGUGUUCGGCCACCCAUGGGACACGGUCAUCAAGGCUGCUAUGAGGAAGUACCCGAAUCCGAUGAACCCUGGUGUUGUGGGAGUCGAUGUGCUGGAGCGCAGUGUGGAUGGCCACGGCCGGCUUCACAGCCACCGCCUCCUCAGCACCGAGUGGGGGCUGCCUGGCCUCGUGAAAGCGAUUUUGGGAACCAGUAGGACUUUGACAUACAUCAAAGAACAUUCUGUUGUGGAUCCAGUGGAAAAGAAAAUGGAACUUUGUUCCACCAAUAUCACACUCACAAACUUUGUAUCGGUGAACGAGAGGUUGGUGUACACACCCCAUCCGGAGAACCCUGCCAUGACCGUGCUCAAACAAGAAGCCAUCAUCACCGUGAAGGGGAUCAGCCUCGGCAGCUAUCUGGAAAGUUUAAUGGCCAACACAAUAUCAUCCAAUGCAAAGAAGGGUCGCGAGGCCUUGGAGUGGGUGAUUGGCCGACUUAACAUGGAGUUGGAAGGUCUCGGGGCCCCAGCCUGCGCCAGAGUGUGAAGCAGUGGCGGACUGCAGCCUUCGGGCUCCCUGUGCCCAGGACACGGAGACAGAGGCUGAGCAGCAAGUUGAUGGGCGUUCAUCACCCACCCUGGGCUGUGGGGCUGCACACACUCGCUGGACACUUGGUUUGCCAGAAGGAACAUUUGGGAUCAGUGUGUGCCUAGAGACAUUUAGGAAGGGGCUUCCAGAAAGGGAGUGAAUUUGCUCCAUCUUGGCAUAUAGCUUACCUUUACCUUUUUUUUUUUUUUGGUGGAAAGGUUUUAUUUACUAAACAAGAAGUUAAUUUAUUUUUUAUUUUUUUAUUUUUUAAUGUUUGUUUUUUUUCUUUGCACAGGGAAAGAUUCGCCCUGAGCUAACAUCUGUUGCCAAUCUUCCUCUUUUUUUUUGCCCCCUUCCCAAAGCCCCAGCGCAUGGUUGUAUAGCCUAGCUGUAAGUUGUUCUAGUUCUUCUAUGUGAGCUGCCGCCACAGCAUGGCAACUGACAGAUGGGUGGUGUGGUUCCGCAACCGGGAAGUGAAACUGGGCUGCUGAAGCAGUGAGUGCCGAACUUUAACCACCAUGCCAUCAGGGCUGGCUCACAAGAAGUUAAUUUAAAUCUUUGAUAUCCCUUCCCCAGAAACCAAAGUAUCAGUGAAAAAGCGAAUAACUUUCUCACACUCUAUAACCUGCCAACCUUCAAAUAGAAGUUUCUUGUGGGUUUUGAUCCUCAAGUUUGCUGUGAACAUAGACCGUGGAUAUUCCCCUUUGCUUUCGCAGAAAGAAGGCUGUUUCAGAGGGCUGGAGCAGUGUUUCUAAACAUCUGAGAGCCUGAGGUUUGCUUUGGGAGCUUGUUAACACUACAGAUUUCAGGCCGUCAGCCGCAGGGAUUCUGCCAGGUCUGGGCUAUGGCUCGUCACAUCAGGCUGGGAGCUCACCAGGCCGAGGAGCACUGACCCUUCCAGCGAGUGCUGGGUACGGGCCUCUGCCCCUGUGCCCUGCCGCUGACCUGCCAAUACUGGAGCUUCGUGUUCUACAGAUGUCACAGCUGUUCUGCAUGCGCACAAUUUAUUUACCAGAUUUUAUCUUUCACUGACCACAGACUUUAGAUUUAAUUUACGAGAUGAGUUUUUAAUUAUAUGUAUAUAGCAAGUAACAUGAAGCAUCCCUAUUUCAUUUUAGUUUCUGAACGUGAAAUGGGACACAAUUUUCCUUAUUUAUGUUUUAACCAAAGCAACCAGUUUUGUUUUUUAGAGGAGAAAUGAGUACCAGGAGAAACUAGUUAUUUUGAUAAUGUCAUAUUGCUUGCCUAAAAUUUUUUUUGCCAAAAGCAUAAAAGUAAGUCCGGAAUUCUUCUGCCUUUCUGUAGUUUCCAGUGUUACAUCCCUGUUAUUGUGGCCCUUGAGUUUGGUAGGAAUAAAAGUUGAAUGCACUA